GAGGACACAGUCAGAACCCUCACUAACAGCACAGAUUGCUGCACACAGCGCCAGAGCUGUGCCCCGGGCGGUUACGCCAGCUGUAACGCCCCAGAGUCGGACAGACAGACAGCGACUCUGCCGGCACGUACCAGGAGUGCCACGGACUCAGACGUCCCACGUUGUAAGCCCCAGACUUGGCACUACAGGCAGGACAUGGUGCAUUGUGCAAGGGGGCCGGGUCCUGCGCCGCUGCCACAGUCGCCAGGCCCUGCGCCGCCACCGGAGCUGCCAGGCCCUGCGCCACCGCCGCCGCCGCCAGGGCCGCCAGCGCCGCCGCCGUCACCUACCGCCGCCAGGCCCUGCGCCGCCGCCGCCGCCGCCGCCACCUUCGCCACCGCCACGGGAGGAUGAGACGAACGCUGCACCCUCGUCAACCAGGGCAGUCAAUUUAGGCGUCAACAGGUGAACAGGAUGAUAAUCACCGUACGCUGGAACCCCCUUUCUCAUACUACCUUGCAUACAACACUAUGAUUUGUGCCUUGGGAAAACGUCGAUGAGAUG